AACACCGUCGUCAAUAGGAGGUCAACAGCCGACCUCAAUCGGUAUCCUGCUCUCAACAACGGAUGCAGAUCUUCUAACCGGGAAGCGCGCCUCUGACCCAAUCGCCGAUAAUAAACCCAUCGUUGGAUGAAGAAGAAGAUGGUGGAAAAUCUAGCGACAGCAACGACCUUCUCUCUUAAGAUUAAGGGUACCUUCGGUGUCUAGCAUCGGUGUGUAGCAUCAGAGAACUCUCGAAUUCAGCCCCUUUUUCGAUGACAAGCUCUUGGACUUCACGAAACUUAUAAAAGCACAACUAUGCCAGCUCUCUUCCUACAUAAAAGUAUCAUCGAAAAUGGCUUAGAGUUUUGGCAAAAUAUGAUUUGUUAAUUCUGUGGUCUCCAUGGUGGCCGUUUUUGCGUUCAGCUAGAGACAAAUUAAAAACACCUUUCGUAGGUGGGAUGUUGCUGCUCAUGGUAGCAAUACGGUAAGGACAAUUGGACUUGCGAGAAAAAAAGGUACUUUUUCCUUAAUCUCUUCAUCUCCUCAACAUGCGAGGUCCAAAAUUAUUUAUAUAUUCUGAUUUGGAGGAAAAACAUCUUGAUGCAACAAAACUUCAGUAUAUUCCACCGAUGCAUAUAGCAAUGCAUACUUUUGGAACACGUGAUGAUGUGCAACCUUUGUUCCAAUUGGAAAACAUUGACAGGUUUUUAAUAUUUCCAUUCAUAUUUGUUCUUCUAUUUUUCAGAUGAUGUCAAACUUAUUUACUAAAUUUACUUUAAAUGUUGUAUUUUUAGAUUGGUUAGCAUUGAUUUUUACUCUUUCUAAUAGUCUCAAACUUUAAAGAUGCUGUGAAAUAGCGCUGUGCAGUUUGUAACACACUCCAUUUUUUAAAUAUAAUUUUUAAUUUGUGUUUACUUGCAGCCAAUUUAGCACCUUUUUUAUACAUUUUUUAAAAAAAGUAUAAGCAAAGAUGCUAAAAAAAAGUUAUAAGCAAUGAAAAGUUUUUCACCAAGGUGUGGGGUAAGGUAUUCCUUAACCUGUCAAGAAGCAUUUUUUUCUUUCUUAAGGACAGUUUUCUGUUUUGUAUUAAACAUAAUUUAUGCUCUGUGAAUUAACAAGAUAUUGAAUUUCUGCAAAAGUUAUAGUGCAAAAGUUAAAUUUGUAUACAUUUACAUUUUCUGAUAGCUGCAGCGGCACACAGCUCGACGUGUAUAGAUCUAUACGUAUUUGCUACUCCUUACAAGAUAACCUGGGAUUACUAUUUUGAAACUUGAUAGCACAUACUUAUGAUUCAGUCAUGGGAGGACUCGGCAGAUAUGGAAUAUGUUAGAAUGCUAACUUAACUUUUCUGAAGAAACACAUGGGAUCAAAUUUUGAGAAACGUCCUCGCCCUUGGCAUGCUACGACUAACCCAAAUGAUGUCCAUUCUGGUGCUACUAUCGGCGAGCGAGUGUUGGUAUGCAACGACAUCAUGACUAUUUUGGCUUAGAGCAAGGACGUCAGGUUUUCUCAGAAUUUUAAUAUCAAAAAGAGUUUUUUUUUUUACAAAUUUUUAGUAGAUUUAACCAUUUUAUCAUUAUUACGUACUAUAAAUGUACGGUCUACGUAUUGACAUAGAAUAACAUAUCUCGCAAUUCAAGUGUCUUUUGUAUAGACAUAUUCUUAACUUCAUUCUUUUUGAUCCCAAAUUAAAGGUCAUCUGCAUCACGUCGCCAAACUUUCCAUGCCACUAGCGAUUGUUUCAAACCAUACAAUAAUUUGACUAACUCAUUGACCUUUAUUUGUUUUCAUAGAACUCUGGAAUCCUAAAAUUAUUUUAUGUAGUUCUCUUCAUCUAGAUUUAUGUUAAGAAAAGUAAUUUAUAUAUCUACUUGAAGAACUUUUAAAUUUCAUAGCAUUACAGUCGUGAGUAUAUGAUUAACUUAAUGACAUUAUUGAAAAAUGUGUUUUAAAGUAAACAAAACAUUCUUUCCUCUUUGUAUCUCUUGAUUACAAGCCAAGCUUUGUACUUGUUCAUGAAACCAUCAUGUUUCAUCUUCUUCCAAAAUGCCAAUUUUGAACCUAACAAUUUGCAAUGUAGAGGCAGGUUCACUUACUCUCGAAUGUGAUUUUGUAAAAUAGAAUUUCUGAUACGAUAUCGUAUCGGGAUAGGGAAGGAUUUUGAGCACCUUGGAGCUCCAAGAACAAAAGAGGCGAGAAAGAGAGAGAUUAAGGUUUAGGAGAAGGAUUUCUUUAUUAAAUGAAUAAUAAUUUUAUUAGUAAUGGUUACAUAUAUAGAUGGUAGAUCAAGAAAAUCCUAACCAUACAAGGUAAUUAAAUAAACCAUAAUACUAAUAAUCUAAUAUAAUUAUACCUCCUAAUAAUAAUAUGAUUAUCUAACCAUAAAUAAUAAAACUACCUAUAAUAACAAUAAUAGUAAUAUAAUAAUAAUGGUAAAUAACUAAAUAUAAACCCGUAUCAAUUUCCUUCACUUCGAGUCGCCUCUUUCUAUUGCGGUUCUUCAGAUCAAGCCACUGCUUCAUUGUAGGUUCGAGGUUCAUAUUUUUUAAUAAAAAAUGCUAGAGCAUCAGGUUCGUACUCUAAGAGUUAUGUCAAAAUUUUUGGUUCAAGUUCUAGCAUAUAUGUUACUCCCUCCGUCCCAAAAAGAUUUACAUGUUUCAAAAAAAUUGUGUUCCACAAUCCCCUUCCCAUUUCUAUUAAAAAACCCUACUUACUUUUUCAAAUCCUACUUAUCACAUCAUACCUUUUUCCUAAUAAUCUAUACAUCACAUCAUAUUUUUACUCAUCACGUCAAGGAUAUUUUUGGAAAAUCAACACAAAAUUAUCUCUUUCUUAAUUUCUACAUUGGUCAAAGCGUACUCAUCUUUAUGGGACGGGGAGUAGAAAAUAGGAUCUGGCUUGUUAAUUUUUUGUGAAACACCCCACACUUGCUUCCAAAUUUCUCCAUUCUUCAUAGAAUUCAUCUUCACCACUCUCCGAUCCCUAUUUGUUCCUCUUCAAUGUCCACUAGAAAUUUGAGUGAAAUAGGACCACUUGAACAUCAUACUUCUGCAGCAAUAAUAUUAAUUUUACACCACCACAUAGAUGUAUGACAUGGAGUCAUACAUCGGAUAACGCUCGUCCCACACCCACUUCCCUUUGAACCAAUUGCACUUCUCCGCGCCACUGACGGAGGCCGUCCCACCACCUCACAACCCUUCGCCGCCGUCUCCUGGUGAUCACCGCCGUUUCCGGCCUUUUCACUUCCCCCCUCCUCAUUGAUCCAGUAAUAGUAAUAAUAAUACGGCGCAGUUAGGGAUCCGAAGUACGCAAGUGAUUAGAUCAUACAAUGGACGAUGACGAACUGCGGCGGAUCCAGGAUUUUAGCUAGAUGGGGCACAUUAGUCGGGGUCCGGGGACUGUGCCCCUAGAUUUUUUAAUAGACAGUAUGAAUUGACAAAAAAAUACCUGAGUAAUAAAUUUUGUUUCAAACGUUCCUGUUUUGAUUUGGGAAGGAUUUAUUUUCGUAGUUUGACCUUGUAAUUUGAUCUUUAUCAUUGAAGAAAAAAGAGAGACAAAUCAUUUAAAUGACUUAUUAUAUCAAUCCAAAUUGAAUUGAGUAUAUUGCAACGACUUAAUUUAGAUAUAUUAGUCAUUUUUUACAAAAAAUAGAAGUGUUUUAGAGAAAAAAAUGAAAGAGAAACUAUUUUAAAUAACAGAGGAAGUAUGUA